AUGGUUGCGGCCAUUGCAACUCUCCGAGUAGGCGUGAAGACAGCAAUGAGCUUCGAUCCCUCUAAGCUCAUCACAGUCGUCGUGGGCGAAGCGCCAGAUCAACGGCACUUCUCGGUCCAUGAGGGACUCAUCUGCGCACGCUCUGAGUUCUUCCGACGCGCCAUGAAUGGCAAAUGGAUAGAAAGCAAAAAUCGUAUGGUCAGGCUGCCAGAAGACGACCCAAAAGUUUUCGACAUCUACAUCAACCUUCUCUACACAGGUCGCCUUGCUACCAACACGCUCGAGGAGCCAAAAACCAAUGCUCAUCUAUUAGAAGAGAUGUACGUACUGGCCCAGCUUUACGUCAUCGGUGAGAAGCUACUAGACAAGGCUACGAAGAACUCCGCCAUCCAAAGUCUGCUAGAGGUCUCUCUGGAACAAGAUGCGAACGGGAAAAGCUACCCUCCAACAAUAAACACCAUCAUCAGCGUAUAUCAGGGCACAUGUGCUGGUAGUCUUGGUCGUCGCCUUUUGGUGGAUUUGUGGAUCGAUAUACAGGGCGAAUUUCUGGCUACGAACGCGGAGUUGUUACCCAAGGACUUCCUCGUUGAUCUCGCCGUCGCACUUCUGGACAUCCAACAAGGCAAGAAGGAGAUGCUGGCUUCGAUGGAAAACAUGAGCAACUACCUGGAAAAGAUGGACUGA